AUGUAUGACCUCCGUGAUUCGCUGCUCAGCCCCUCGCCGCGAGGCACCUCUCACCUCACCAUAUUGGAAUCUUUUCGGAUAAACCAAGAGGACAUUCGUCAGUGUAUCGCCCGGGGAGAAUCCAAAGAGAUUCGAGACGUGGCCUUCGGUAACCGAACUUGGGUCAUCAACUCCCGAUACUGCGAAAACGGAGAUGGUGCGGAUUCCCUCGAAGAGUACGUUCAUUCCAUGUGGUAUAUGUACUACCAGCUCGGCCGGAAUAUCUCGCACGAAGCGCCCGACCACGAGGGUAUUGUCCUCGACAUCGUCCGAAUUCAAGGAAUGGGACCGUUGACUCGGCCCGUACGAGGAAAUUACGGCCUUGAUAUCGCACGAACUGCCGAAGGCAUACUAUGGAAUGAUCUACCCUUUCUGGCCACCGACAUGACCGCCUUCUGGAACAGCGACUUCCCGACGAUGUCGGGUGAACACCGACUCAACUUUGCGACUUUCCUAGCUAGGCUAGCAUCGACUCGUGUCGGUAAGGACAGAGUAUGCCAGAUUGCCCUCAUUCUAUUCCGCAAUCUGUUCGAGGAGAGACAGGAACUGCGCACCGGGGAGGUCUCAGACGAGGAAGAUCCGAAACGACGCAUGCAUCAGCUUGAAAUCUUUCAGUUGUUGCCAGCUGCUAUGGCCUGGGUCCUUCAUGCAGGCUACAAUAUUGCUUUACUCUCAGAGGUUUAUUGGAACGAUUGCCCUAGCAACAUCAGCAAGGGUGGCGAGAAGUUCAUCAAGUCAAACUUUGGGCAGCGAUCACCCUUUGGAUUCUCGCCCUGGAGAUAUAUGUACUGGCUUAAACGACUCCAUGAGAUCCAAGAGGAGGCUGAACAGGCCGAGGAGAGACGUUUAGAAGAGUACGCCUCCGUCGCCAUUGAUUAUAUGGUCGGCAAGGUCAAGGAACGAAACUCCGAAAUUUUAAGGGCAUACCAGAACGGUGGAGAUGCCUUGCAUGAGGACAAACAUUUGAUUUGCCUGAAGAAUCUUCUGGACAGUGAAGCUUCAGAGCAUGAAGCCACAGGGAAUGAAGCUACUGAAGAUGACUCGAAGCAUGGCGCAAAAUAA